UAGAACGUGAAUUGCAAUGUCAGGCCGAGGCAAGCAGGGAGGCAAAGCGAGGGCUAAGGCGAAGUCUCGCUCCUCGCGGGCUGGGCUGCAGUUCCCGGUGGGUCGAGUGCACCGGCUGCUCCGCAAAGGUAAUUACGCUGAGCGGGUCGGGGCUGGAGCUCCGGUCUAUAUGGCCGCGGUGCUGGAGUAUCUGACCGCUGAGAUUCUGGAACUGGCUGGCAACGCUGCUCGAGACAACAAGAAAACCAGGAUCAUCCCCCGUCACCUGCAGCUCGCCAUCCGUAACGACGAGGAGCUAAAUAAGCUCCUGGGGAAAGUGACGAUCGCUCAGGGGGGUGUCCUGCCCAACAUCCAGGCCGUGCUGCUACCCAAGAAAACGGAGAGCCACAAGGCCAAAAGCAAGUAAAGCCGACUGAGGAAUAAACACUUCAACUUUAAAACUAACCUAACGGCUCUUUUCAGAGCCACCCACAAAGUCAAAAAAGGGUUUGAUUAUCUCCAAAAGUCCCGGUAGGAAUCGUGUA